UGGAUGAGGUACCGGUAGCGGUAUAAGAGCUUACAAGGAUCGGUAGAGAAAGAAGCUGGCCUACGUUAAUCCCUUCUUCAAAUACCUCGAAUACGUUUAUUAGACACACAAUGGAAGACCAUCCUACUGCUAUUGCUGCAUCAACAUAUUAGAGGUAUCACCGGCUUUUCUAUCAGCCAUGGCAGAUCCUUCGUCGAUUCUUCAAUCUCCUCUAGUGCCCAUCUACCUCGUGGACGAUGGAACCAAUCAAGGCGUCCCAUGUCGGGUUAGUACAAGGCCCCGGGAGCAAAGCGUUAGUUCUUAUCGAAAACAGCCCAUGGCUACAAUUGGUGGCAUACUCCGGGUGGGAAGUCUGACGGUAGGCUUAACAACAGCCAAAAUCGAGAGAGAGGACUCCAUUCAGCUGGAUCGCCCCGGUCGAUCAGGGCACGGCGCCGUUGGGUACUUACAAGUCCAGCGAAAGGGAUAUGAUUGGGCGCUCGUGAUCCUCCAGCAUGGUUUGGGGACGCCGGUGCGAGUGCCUGAUGAGACUGGCAGAAUCGAGGAAACCGGACCCAUCAUAAAUAAUAUCGCAGAGCCGCAUCGAAUAUCUAAAAUUGCACAGGGGAAAGAGACCGUCGAGAUCAUAACUUCAUUCGGCGGCCUAAAGCCCUUAAUUAGGGGUAAAGGCUCGGAAUAUAACUCCGUAGCGACCCCUAGCGAGCUCGCGAGCCAGUCAAGCUCGACUGAGCUUGAGUCAAGUCUGACGGUUAUCGCUGAUAUUAGUGAGUACCAUGAGUUCCCUUCUUCUACCCUGCUAAUUAUAGAAAGGGCCGAGUGAUAUCGGAUCAUGGGUCAUAAGCUGUACUCAACCUCAAGAACUAAUAGGUAUGGUUAUCGGUUCAUACCGGAGAGAAGGAAGGAAUCUACAUUCUGAAGUAGUUGUCCGUCCAAUGCAUCAAAUUAUGAGCGAAAUGAAUUCCGAAUAUAUGGGUGGUGUGUCACUUCCUUCGCCCGCACCCACUCCCGAACAGUGGAAAGAACCAAAAGUCAAUUACGUGAUCAAUAUCAAAAAACACUCAGGUUCCAGUUCCAAAUGGUGGUUUGCGGAAAAGUAUGGCCGGGAUCGUGGGUUCAAUCGCACUGACUGCCAACCUGAAC